AAAUACUAUUUAGUUUUCUCUUGCAGAUUUUAAAAAGCACAAUAGGAUAUCUUUCAGUGUUAUUAACGGUAACAGACAAAAAGGACUAAUUUUGAAAAAUAAUAAAUAGAAUAGUGAUAGAGUAAUUUGAUUGGUGGCAAAUUUCUUGUCACCGAUAGACUAUCAUAGAUGACAGUACAAUAUGAUGAUAAAUACUAUUCGUAAAACUUUAAAUUUAAUUAAGAUAUAAAUAGUUUUAUAAUCGCAUAAAUCUCUGUCUCGUUUAUUGUCAUUUAUCAUAUUGUCGUUUAUGGUCCAAUUAUAUUGCGUAAGAGUAUUAAGAAUGUAACGAAAGAGAAACAAAAAAUCUGCAAAAAUUUUCAUAAACUAGAAAGACGUCGAUAAAGAAACGUAGCCUAAAGAUAAUUCCUCGUAACCACCGGAGUCAACUGUAUCGAAGGUUUAAGUUUUCCAACGUUAGAGGGAUACUGUUCGAUAAACGCCUACUUUUAAUUUUUAAAACAUUCGUACGUAAAUGUUAAAAAAAAAAAAAAAAGAAAAAAAACUUUUACAAAAUUUCGAAACAGCUGAACUAAAUUUAUUCUGAGUUCUGAGUAAAUAUGCGAAUAACAUAUUAAUCGAAUAUUAUAUUUUUAAUAGAAAUCGUAAUAAUCGUGAUCGAUUUAUUUUUCAAACGUAAGACUUCCCUAGAGGAUCAUCCCUGUCCUUUUUAUAUAGCAUGCGAGAAGCAAGACAUAGUUCAGGAAAAUACAAAACGGAUGAAUCAAGAUCAAUCCUUGACGUCAGACUCGUUUAGACGGACGAACUGAUUAAAAUAACAUACGAUUAAACAUCAUCGAUAAAAACAGCUAAUCGAAAUAGCAAUAAAUAUGCAAAAAGUCGAUUACGUUUAUUGGUGGAACUGAUACACCAUGGAUUUCAUAGGGAUUUGGCAGAACGAGGAGAGAUUCGAUCGAAUCUCCUAUGAUUGGAAAAUUCUGUAACCUUCCGCAAGAAUUAUACGCUAGCAUUUUGAAGACAUCGAUGGAUUACUUGUCGUUUCCUCAUCCAAUGAAAUAGAGGAAUCUGACAUGAAUUGUCCAAACGUAAAAUUGUCACAGAUAAAAUAUAUCUAAUCUUCCUUUGUCCACGUACCAUUAUUUGAUUUAAUAAUUACAAGAAUCACUAUCGAUCAUUACGUCUCGCUUACAAAUUCACAAACACCCUGCACCUUUUCCCACAUAAAAAUCACCCUCUUUUUUCGCUUCCUAAAAUUAUACAACGAAAUACGAGCAUGCAUUAAAAAUAAUUAUCAUAUCAUACACACUUCCAUGUCACUAUUUUAUAAUUUAUCAAUAAUUAUCUACGAAAUGGAACAAGUAAAUAUAUUAAGAAGUAAUUGUUUACGGUUAACAUAAUAAAAGUAACAAUGCAAGAGAACAAAGACAAGUAAUUAUACCAUUUAAAUAGUUUUACAAUAGUAAUUAAUUGAUUUACUAUGAAAUCCAUGGAUGUGAUCACUGCCUAACAAAUUCAAAGAUUCUUAUAAAAUGCUAAAUAAUGUUUGUAGAAAUUUUCUUUCUUGUUUCAAAGAACACCCAAUCUUUGAUACACAUAAUUUACACGUUCUCAUCGUUCCCCAUAGUAUCGAAAAGAACCGAAUGUAUAUUAUUACAUUCGUAAUAAUCGACGAGGGAUCGUAAAGUAUUAUAAAAUGGGGAAGGUUGGAUGGAAACUAAGAACUUUGAGGUUGCUUAUUUAAAUGAGUUCGGUGGAAAAGAAGAAAUACCAUUCCAAGUAGAUAAAUUUUUCAAUAGUUGGUGGGAUAGGUACAUCAUUUUAAGUCAGACGGGCAUGCGUGCUGGACGAAGAAAAAGAGAAGGACGUCUACAUAUCGAGUGACGAGCCAGAGCGCAGUCGUCGUAUCGCCGCGUAUUAUAAUCGUCUUUCUACGAUGACAACGGAAUCCGAGGAAGAUUUAAAUUACGCCAUUGGUUGGAAUCGUUUUAACUUGUCGGUGUUAGGUGUUUGGCCUGAACCAUCGAAGACGACGUUUCUUUGGCGAUUAACGUCAGCCAGUAUAUUUUGGACGAGCACUACCGUGACCCUUUUAUUCAUAAAUGCACCACAAAUGGCAGAUCUGAUUCUGAAUUCGACCAGUUUGGACGAAGCCAUAGAAAAUUUAUCCAUCAACAUACCAAUCGCUUUCGCUGUGACUAAGCAAAUCGUUUUGCGGUACCAUGGAAAAGCAUUGAAAUCAUUACUCGUCGAGAUAGUUAACGACUGGAAUCAAACGCAACAAGAAUCAGAACGUUUGUUGAUGUUGAAAACUGCUAAAUUGAGUCGAAUGAUAUCUCUCUUUUGUUCUACUUUGUCGUACUUAAUGGUGAUAACCUUUAUAUCGCUUCAAAUUUAUGCGAAUAUGGCUAGUGCCUCCGAAGUCGAUCUAGGAGGACUUUUGCAUCCAGCGACCUUUCCAUACGACAUCAAGAAAAGUCCUUAUUUUGAGAUCACUUGGUUGGGACAAUUCAUGACAACGAUUCUAGCAGGCAUCAGUUAUUCUUGCUUCGAUACUUUUCACGCAGUCUUUGUUUUGCAUUUGUGUGGACAACUGUCGGUUUUGCGAUCGAAUAUAAGAGAAUUGGCGGAGAUAGCGAAGCGUGACGUCGCUCUGUUUCAAAAUAGACUCAGCUACAUUGUGAACAAGCACGAACAACUCUACAAAUUCGCCAUAAUAGUCGAGGAUUGUUUCAAUCUUACUCUACUAGGACAAACUUUGAUUUCGACGGCUAUGUUCUGCAUGACAGGUUAUCGUAUGAUCACGUCGAUGGGCGCACAAGAAGAAGAAUUGCCGAUAGCAGGAUUGAUAUUUUACAUCACGUUUUACAUAUACACGAUGUUGCAUUUAUAUAUAUAUUGUUACGUUGGUGAAGCUCUUCUGGUCGAAGUGAGUCGAUACAAACUUCGCCUCUUACUCGAAGGCCUAAGAAUUUUUCAACUUCGUGCAUUUCAGAGCACUGGAAUAGCUUUCUCCGCUUACGAUUGCGAAUGGUAUGACUUGCCUCCAAAAAAGGCGAUCUGCUUGCUGAUAGUAAUUUGUCGAGCAAGAAUAGCAUUUCAAAUCACCGCUGGAAAAUUUUGUCCAUUUUCGUUAGAAUUGUUUGGCGCUAUCAUUAAAACAUCCGCCGGAUAUUUAUCAGUAUUACUAGCUAUGAAAAAUAGUCCGGUAGAAGAGUAAUAAAAUAUACGUUAUUUAUAAUGAACAAUCGAUCGAAGAAUUUGAAAGAUAUUAAAAAUCGAUCGAUUGUUACAUCUACCAAGACAUUAGGUCAAGACGAAGAUGACCUACCGAACACUACAUUGUUUUCCUUACUACCAUUCGUGAUCGGUACUAUGCGGUAUACACCUGUAGAUUUACUAUUACGUGAAUAAAAUACUAAUUGAUUAAGUAAAGGUAAAACGUCACGAAGAUAUUAUAAUUAGUGAAUCGCCGUACGAAUGUAAAUGGUGCUACUUAUCAUCUAAACAUGUAAAGGAUCUCUUUUUCGUGAUGUACCAAUCAAUAAUACCAUAUCGUUCGACAGCAAUUUUCUAACUUAAUUUAUAAAUUAUUUCAAAUGUUU